AUGGGAGCUGGCAAGCCUAUUCCUUCUUACGAAGAGUUUGUUAAUAGUGUACAGUGUACAGGUGAGAGCUCCUUGCACCAUUCCUUCGCUGGGAUCUUUUUAAAAUUCACAUUGUUCAAGGAUCUUCAUCGUCUAAAUAAGGAUCAAAAAUCCACAACGCACAUCACUUAUGUAGCAAGCGAUGGAAGCACCCUGCCAAUCUCCAAUGAUGAGAAUCUCAAAAAAGCCCUAGAAACUCGAGGACGAGUGCUUCGACUUGUAGUUCAACAUAAAGGAGAAACACUCGAAGAGCAAUUCGGCUAUGGUGUCACACAAGAGGCACUCACACGGAAGAAGAGAAAGAUAUCUAUAUCUGCGCCACAAGAUUUCAGACGGGUAUCUUCCAUUCUUGACGCGGAUGUUCUACCUCAUGAGCUUCGACGAGUUCGACUAUGCAAAUUCUAUAACAACAAGCCGUUGGGUUUCUUUAUCAGAGAUGGUAGGUCAACUCUAGUAUAUCUUUUUCCACUUGUUAUUACAAUAUUGUAUUUUGCUUCUACGAAUCUUCUCAAUGUCAAUGAUGAAAUUAUGGAAGUUAAUGGCAUCGAUGUAUCCGAAAAAACUCUGGACCAAGUCACCGACAUUAUGAUCGCGAACUCAGCUAACCUGAUCUUGACUGUGAAACCUGCUGCUACAGCUCCCUAUCGUGCUAUACCAUACUUCAUGCCACCACCCUGCCAUAUGAGCCCAUUUCCCCCUGGAUACUACAGUCCCUAUGGACAUCGGGAACAUUUCAUACCUCCUGGCUAUUGUAGUCCACAAAUGACCCAGUCAAUGUGCGUACAGAGCAAUUUUUAUCACUACGCUCCUGAAAAUCAACCAGAGAUACCUCGGAUACCAAUCUCGCAACCUUUCAAUGCCACCUCCUUCUCCCGGGAGAGCACCUGGAGGAUUAGCGAUAAACUCGCCAAGAUGUCGCUGCGACAUCGCGAUUCACCCGAUAAGAAAAAACGCCCCUUCAGUGUACAUUGUUCAACGCAAAACUCAGUUCAAUUAUCGCCAUAUACAGCAUAUGGGUAUUGA